GACGUUUUUAGAAGUUCUGGAUAAAAAUGACGAGUAAAUAUAUUAAAAGUUCAGAAUAUUUUGUUUGGUUUGGUAAAGUUUUCGGAAUUUCCAUGUUUGAUUUAACAAGUCAUGGUAAUGAUUACUUUGAUUGUUUAUACGCGGUGCCUUCACUUGCAUUCUACGCGUAUGUUUGUUAUCGUGCUUUUCUUGAUCUGCAAGGAUACAAAUCGUCUGAGAUUGACUCUGAUAUGCCAUCGACAGCUAUCAGUCUUCUCAUGUUGCAACAUUUUCUAUCGUUAUACUUCAAAGUGGUUUAUUUUUAUCUACGGCGGAAGACAUUCAAGGCCGCGUUUUUCAAAGUGCACAAACUGAACGAAUUCUUGAAGCUGCGUGAAGAGGACUACACAAUGGAGAUUUUGAGAGUUGUUGGGACUUUGUGCAUUGCAAUCGCUUUGAAUUCCUAUGUGGAAUUGUAUACGGCUUCAUCAAUAUGGAUUAUUCUUGUGCAUCAAUUGUUUUAUUUCGUGAACUAUGUUGAAAUUACUUUGACGUAUAAAAUGCUCAAUGAAUUGUCGAAACAAUGCAGGAGUAUUAAUGAGCAUCUGCAGAAGAGAAUCAGUUUUCUGGCGCUGGAUAAAAUUCAACCGAAAGGUAAAAUCUGGAAUGAAUUGUUGGAUGUGAAGAAGUUACGCGAGAGCGAGAAAGAUUCCUUCUUUGAUAGCGCGUAUGAAAUGGCCGAAGCUCAUUUGGCUAUCGGGCAAAUUGCAACCGAAAUCAACACGGUUUUCGGCGUGUCUGUCUUGGUUGCAGUGUUGAGUGAUUUUACGAUGUUGACCUGCACCACUGUCACGUUCUGCCAAGACAUUCGCCAGCUUUUAAACCUUGGACGUGUCAACUAUGGAAUUAUGCUGAAAGCUUUCAAUAAUGCAUUUCACGAUGCGCUUAUUUUAACCAAAGAAUGUUAUAGUAUUUAUUAUUGGACCAAACUUAAGAAAACUCUAAAGGCCACAAUAACAUGUUUGCAUAAAAUGUGGAAUACGCUCGCGAAGCACAACGAGAUCGACGAGAAAUCCAAUUAUUUACAAUUGCUCAUCGUGCAAUUGUUCAACGGCAUGCCGAAUUUUUCAACCUUCGGUAUCAUCAUCAUUGAUUGGCCGUUAAUUAUCUACGUCAUCUCAUCUGCCGCCACGUAUGUUGUUAUUAUAAUGCAAUUCGAAUUAGCUACUGAAGUUCAACCGAAUCCUAUUCGGAACGCUACAAUAACACAUUAAUCACACAGCGAAAAAAAAAACAGAGAA